AUGGCGAAGGAGCUCGCCCGGAAAAGGGGCUUCAACUGCAGGCGCUUCCUGAAGAACAACUGGCUCCUCCUGGCCACCAUCCUCGCCGUGGUGCUGGGUGAGUUGGCGGGCAAGGGAAGAAGAGGGGGAAGGAAGGAGGGAGGGAGGGAGGCAGGCAGGCGAAGGAAGCUGGAGCGUCGCGGGGGCGCGUGGAAACCUCUUUCAUCAUUCGGGGGGGAAAGGCAGCCCUUCCCUUUGGAGGGAAUCCUUGGCGGCUGCUCUGGGUCGAGGUUGCCUCCUUCCAGCCGUGUGCAGUAGUCUUCCUUAAGGUGGGGUUGUAAGCAGGAAAAUAGAAAAUGACAAGAAAUAGUUCCACUUGCUUAACAUUGAAGAUGUAUAUGUGAAUACACACAGAGAGACGUGUAUAUGUAGGAACAAAGAAGAUUAGAUAGAUGAUAGAUAGAUAGAUAGAUAGAUAGACAGACACACACAGAGACACACACACACACACACACACACACACACCAGGGGCGAAACAAGGCAUUAUUUCACCCUGGUCAAAGACCCAGCUUGGCACACCCCCCCCCCCGCGCGUAUUUGCGUACACACAGGUUGGGAGCAUCAAUGGUUUCCCUCUGGAGGCUUCACGGGGGGGGGGGGACCUGGCUACCCCCCCAUAGCUACGGCUCUACACAUACACAGAGAGAGACAGAGACAGAGAGACAGAGACACACGCUAAACAAAUGUUCAGCCACCAUGGGAGAAAUGUAGCGUUGUAUUAUGAGCAUCCUAGAAAGGUAACCCAGCUGGGAUUGGUUCCGGGACUUAAAAAGCUCCCCUGCUAUCAUUUGGGCAGGAUUACAGUCUAUCUCUUCUAAGCUCUUUGCCAAACCCCCAGCUGAGCUUAAUAAUACCUAGUACACACACACACACACACACACACACACACACCUCGAAUAUCACAUGAUGAAAGUGGAUAGGUGUUUUCCUCGAGGAAAGCCCUUUCCAAAAAAAAUGGAUAUCUCCCUGGAAACAGAUGCAGAUUUGUUCUUUGUGGGGUGGAUGGGGGUUUCCCCAGCCCUGUUGCAAUAAAGGAAAGAGGUGGCAGUGAGCAAAUCUUUGCCACUGUGAUGAAAUGGUACUAAUGUUUAAGUGCUGAUCUGGCAUUCGUUGAGCAUCUAUAGAAUGUUGAUAAAAUUAAAACACCGUGGCUCCUGAGUCGAAAUACGUUUACUCAGGUGUAAGUCCCACUAAGUUCAACCAGACUUGGCAAAUAUUUUAAGAAAAGAGGAAACCUUAAGGAGAGCUGAUUGCCCGGGUCUAGCCCCACUGCAGAUCAUUAAAUCGUUCUUCAUCUCAGCAAUCAUUGACUUGUCCUAUACUAGUACCUGGCCCCGCAUGAUCCUAGUAAUCUUGGAAAGGAGGCUCAUUUCAGAAAUGUUUACUUCCAAGUAAAGCUUAUUAGGAUCAUAGCUGUAGAAAGGGUAAGAUGACCAUUCUGUGAGUGCCACAUAGGAGCUGUGUAGCCUGAUUUACAUUAUAUUUACUUGCAAAUAAACCCUGCUGAGUUCAAAAGAACUUGCUACUUGUCAAGUAGGUUUAGGAUUGCAGGAGAGCCUAACCACGUGUACUCAGAUGUAGGUGGCUCUGUAUUUAUUUGUUUGUUUGUUUGUUUGUUUGAUAAAAGAUAUACCUCAGGUUACAUACACUUCAGGUUACAUACGCUUCAGGUUACAGACUCCGCUAACCCAGAACUAGUGCUUCAGGUUAAGAACUUUGCUUCAGGAUGAGAACAGAAAUCGUGCUUUGGCGGCGCAGCGGCAGCAGGAGGCCCCAUUAGCUAAAGUUGUGCUUCAGGUUAAGAACAGUUUCAGGUUAAGAACGGAUCUCCGGAACGAAUUAAGUUCUUAACCCGAGGUACCACUGUAUACUGCUUGGUUGUAGGAAAACACCCUCAAAGCAAUGUUAAAUGGAACUCACUCCCAAAUAAAUGUGAAAAGCCCUGCAGCCUCAGUUACCCUUCCUUCCAGGAAGAAUGAUCCCCAUUCUCUUUCUUAAAUCUCCCAAGACACCUCUAGUAUGUGAAGUUAUUCCUGUGUAUUUUUAAAAAACUAGAAACAGACAAGUAUUUUUGUAUAUAAGCUGUACACUCUCACUCCAGCACGAAUUGCCUGGCUGUCAAAAAAUAUAAAGCACCCUUGGUGAUUGUUUCCAGCCAGGAUUUGUUAAAUAAUUCAUUUCAGUAAUCUCAUUUACUUGACUGCAUUCAGUUAUUGGUAUUACUCUGGCUGUUAGAAGUGUAAAUCACGCUUAUCCAACCAACAUCAUUCUCAUGAAAAAUUAAUAUUUGUUAAAUGCCAUCUGUUCAGUGUAUUUCAUAACGAUGUGGGCAAAUUAAUACGAAAGACAAACAUGCCUCUUCCCUCUCCAUUUCUCUCAAUACUGGUUUUCCACAAUCUAAAUUAUAGCCCUCAGUAUUGCACAAGUAAGUCAUGGUACCAUAAAAAGGCAAAUAGCAGUGCGAUUUUUCUUGAAGAAAUUAAAUCAAAAUUCAAAAAUUAAUUCAAAAUUCCUUUUGAAGUCAGUUUGUUUAGUGUUACAAUUAUACCCCACAUUUGUUGUUGUUUAGUUGUUUAGUCAUGUCCGACUCUUCGUGACCCCAUGGACCAGAGCACGCCAGGCACUCCUGUCUUCCACUGCUUCCUUCAGUUUGGUCAAACUCAUGUUAGUAGCUUUGAGAACACUGUCCAGCCAUCUCGUCCUCUGUCGUCCCCUUUUCCUUGUGCCCUCCAUCUUUCCCAACAUCAGGGUCUUUUCCAGGGAGUCUUCUCUUCUCAUGAGGUGGCCAGAGUAUUGGAGCCUCAGCUUCACGAUCUGUCCUUCCAGUGAGCACUCAGGGCUGAUUUCCUUAAGAAUGGAUAGGCUUGAUCUUCUUGCAGUCCAUGGGACUCUGAAGAGUCUCCUCCAGCACCAUAAUUCAAAAGCAUCAAUUCUUCAGCGAUCAGCCUUCUUUAUGGUCCAGCUCUCACUUCCAUAUCCCACAUUUAUUUCCUCCAAAUAGUUCAGUGGGUUACAUUUCAUCCUCACAGCAACUGUGUGUCAUAGGUUAGGCUGAGAGACGGCAACUGGCCCAAGGUCAUUCAGGGAGAUUCAUGGCUGACUGAUGAUUUGAACCCUGGUCUCCUACGUCCUAGUCUGAUUGGGGAUUUAGGGUGCAACCUUAACCCAAGAUCCACCAGUGAGUUAGGCUGCAGUAGAUCUCUGGCUCAGUCAGCUGAGGCUGCAGUGGUUUAAGUCCCCAACCCUAGCUUAGCUGGAGAUGCACUGGUGCAAAAUGCUCGUCUUGGCUCAGACGGCGCUCAGCCAGCUGACCCAAAGCUGACUGGAUCGAGGCUGGUGUUAAGUCCCUAGGAAAGCAUGUUGGGGACAGGGACAGGCAGGGAAGAGACUUCAUAGGGACCCUAACUCUGUUCAUCUCAGUCAUGUGGCCUAGCAGCCCAGCAGAACUUAUGCCAGCAAAAAAGGGGGUGGCUUGUUUAAGGUUAUUACAGUCGUGCCUCGGGUUAAGUACUUAAUUCGUUCCGGAGGUCUGUUCUUAACCUGAAACUGUUCUUAACCUGAAGCACCACUUUAGCUAAUGGGGCUUCCUGCUGCCACCGCACCGCCGGAACACGAUUUCUGUUCUCAUCCUGAAGGAAAGUUCUUAACUCGAGGUACUAUUUCUGGGUUAGCGGAGUCUGUAACCUGAAGCGUAUGUAAGCUGAAGCAUCUGUAACCUGAGGUACCACUGUAUUUUAAGGCUUCCCUCAAAACGGGAUUGGGCUCUCUCAGUUGGCAGUAGCUUUGCUCCUGAAUGGGGUUUGGCUCUGGCUUACCUUAAACGUAAAGUGACCCCUGACCAUUAGGUCCAGUUGUGGCCGACUCUGGGGUUGCAGCACUCAUCUCGCUUUAUUGGCCGAGGGAGCCGGCGUACAGCUUCCGGAUCACUAAGCCGCUUCUGGUGAACCAGAGCAGUGCACGAAAAUGCCGUUUACCUUCCCACCGGAGCAGUACCUAUUUAUCUACUUGCACUUUGAUGUGCUUUUGAACUGCUAGGUUGGCAGGAGCAGGGACCGAACAACGGGAGCUCACCCCGUCGUGGGGAUUCGAACUGCUGACCUUCUGAUCGGCAAGUCCUAGGCUCUGUGGUUUAAGCCACAGCGCCAACCAUGUCCCUCCUGGCUUACCUUAGGCUGACUUAAAUCAAGACAGGGUCAUUAAGCUGGCUUCCCAUAGUUAGAAUUGCUUCUUUAAGCAUCAGAAAUAGCAAAAGAUGAGCCUUAUUUCGCGUAUUCUCAGAACUGAUCUAGAAAGGCAAAGGAGCAUGCAUCUGGACUAUGUAUACAUAUUUAAAAGGUAAAGGUAAAGGACCCUUGACAGUUAAGUCCAGUCACGAACGACUCUGGGAUUGCGGCGCUCAUCUCACUUUACUGGCCGAGGGAGCCAGCGUUUGUCCACAGGUAGUUUUUCUGGGUCAUGUGGCCAGCAUGACUAAACUGCUUCUGGCGAACCAGAGCAGCGCACGGAAACGCUGUUUACCUUCCCGCCGGAGCGGUACCUAUUUCUCUACUUGCGCUUUGGCGUGCUUUUGAACUGCUACAUUGGCAGGAGCAGGGACUGAGCAACGGGAGCUCACCCCGUCGCAGGGAUUCGAACCGUUGACCUUCCGACUGGCAAGCCCUAGGCUCUGUGGUUUACACCAAAUGUGUUGAAUAUCUGCUAUAUGGUAAUUUAUGGACCUAAUAGGUAUCUAAAGUCAUUUGCACGUAACAAAAUAUGUAUUUACUCAAAGUAAUUGUUGAACUGAAAUACAAUUAAGAAGAAGUGAUAUUUUAGGGAGCAGGCUAGCAGGCGGGGCCCAUUAUUUACAUCAUAAGAGCCUACACAACACAAACCACUGUUGCUGUAUGUAGGUUUUAUUUUAUUUGUUUUUUAUCUUAUUUUUUGGAAAUGUACAUCCAGGGUUUUUUUCCCUUUAAUUUUUUUGGGGCCCCCCAAGAGAGUAGGGCCCUAAACUAUAGCUUGUUUAGCUUAUACGUAAAUCCGGCACUGGCUUUAGGACACCUGUUGUGGGGAGAAUUUGAUUGGACUUAACCGUCCAGGGGUCCUUUACUCUUUUGGGGGGGAGAGGAGUGUCUCUGGAGUAAUUUUUAUAUCAUUUGACAAAGCAAGUCAUCCAUUGGACUCUGCAUAUGUGGCUCAGGAUCUGAGCACGAGGAGUUUGAAUACAUCCUUUGUAAAUUCUUAUUCAUUUUCCUUUGAACAAUUCAUCCCUGUGCCAUAGGACAUACUCCUUCAGAAUCUUAUCAGGUGACCUUGGAGGUUGCCGUUCGUUGUGGGGGGGUAUACCUUGGAAUGCUGGGAUGACUUUCAUAAUUAUUUGGAUCUUGGCUACAGUUCAGUUACUUUUCUGAGUUUUGUACAUUCAGGAUUUGAUCCAGAAGGCAAAUUCACACAUGCAGUGCUCAUUUGUUGAUCUCCCCCACUGCUUUCCUGCAAGGAGAAAUUUAGAGAUUUUAAACAUACCUUUGAAGGGGGGAGUUGUAAUCCCUCUCCACUGACCAUGAUUUAAAGUAAUACAUACAAAUAGAAUCUACUGGCAAAUUUGUUGUUUCUUCACUGUUUGUUUGCAAGUUACUUUAUUUCUAAAGCAGCUAUAUAUUUCACAUGGAAGUCAUUUUAGUUUUAUAUUUUCCUAAAGAAAUCUACUUUAGAUAAGUAUUGUUUGUAAAUUUUCCAGAAACUCAUAGCAUCAAAUUUUAAUGUAUAUAAACAAUUUUAUGUCCAUACAUUUGAACUCUAAUAGAUCUUUUAAAGGAAGCAUGAAGAUCUAUUAGAAUUGAAAUGUAUGGACAUCAUAAAAUUGUCUCAAUUUAGCAAAGAAUUGGGCAAUUAAAGGCCAAAAUUGUGGGUAUGGGUUAAUGAAGAAUAGACUGGGUAUGAAAAUAGCUUUUCCAUAUAGCAUUACAUUAAGAUCAAUAUGUACUGCUAUACUUCAGUACUUCGGAACAUUGUUAAGGAUAACUGCUAUGCUUAGUGUAUUUUUGGUAUUUGGGAUGAUAAAGCGUGUCAUACUUCAAAGAAACCAGUUAAAUUGCUUUUUUGGUACAAGGACAUGCCCUUGUGUGCAAUUUUAAAUUUUUUUUGGGGGGGGGAUAUAUGACAACAACAUUUCAAUUAGAAACCUUUUCAUAGCUGAAAGUGUAAUCACAUUUUUUUCAAGGUAAAUUACAGAAUACAAUUCCAUCCUUCCUUAGUUCAAUCAAAUGCUGUUUGAUGUUUGGGGACUUCAUUUGCUUGAGGAUCUUAAAAAUAAUUAAAUUAUUAAGUAAAAAAGAAAAAGGAAAGAAUGCUUCUGUGGAACCUUUCGAAACUUUUGCAACCAAGCUUUGAGUAAGCAGUAGUGCAGUAGCUGAACUGUAUACAACUAAUAUACAUAAGCCACUGCAGGCUUCCUCAACCUUGGCCCUCCAGAUGUUUUUGGCCUACAACUCCCAUGAUCCCCAGCUAGCAGGACCAGUGGUUAGGGAUGAUGGGAACUGUAGUCUCAAAACAUCUGGAGGGCUGAGGUUGAGGAAGCCUGAACUACUGUGAACUGUAUAAUUAUGAUUCAGCUUCUUCUUUGUCUUGAUAGAAUGUUUCCCCGUUAAGAGUCAGGGCAAAGCUUUUGUCUACAAUGACUGCACCAAGCUAGCAGUGUUGGUCAGUGGAAUGGAAGAAAGGAAGUAAACAUCUACUCUGGGAAAUCCAAACUUCCAUUAAUCUUGACUCAGCCCUCCAGAUGGUUUGGGACUACAAUUCCCAUCACCCUGACCACUGGUCCUAUUAGCUAGGGAUGAUGGGAGUUGUAGUCCCAAAACAUCUGGAGGGCCGAGUUUGCAUAUGCCUGGUCUUGACAUUAAGUACAGCGCUAAUGUGAAGAUUUCACAUUGGUUGAAACCAAGAAAUUGCAACUCCAUUGCAAAUUCUAUUUCCAUGUGAACCCUCUCUUUGCAGACUGAGCAAUUGCAUUAUGUUCAUGACCUGGUGCAGAUGUUGUAAGAACUACUACAGUCAUCAGUGGUAGAGUCAUAAGUAGAGGUAGGGAAGGAAUUCAAUUCAGUUUGCAUUUAAAGUGAAACCUACCUAACUUGCAUUUAGGUUGGCAGUUCGAAUCUCCACGACGGGGUGAGCGCCCGUUGUUCAGUCCCAGCUCCUGCCAACCUAGCAGUUCAAAAGCACAUCAAAGUGCAAGUAGAUAAAUAGGUACCGCUCCAGCAGGAAAGUAAACGGCAUUUCAGUGCACUGCUCUGGUUCACCAGAAGCAGCAUAGUCAUGCUGGCAACAUGACCCAGAAGCUGUCUGCGGACAAACGCCAGCUCCCUCGGCCAGUAAAGUGAGAUGAGCGCCGCAACCCCAGAGUCAUCCACGACUGGACUUAACUGCCAGGGGUCCCUUUACCUUUAAGCUACUGAAGGUAAUGGGACCCUUUAUAUGUCCAGCCAUCCUUUGUCUACAGCAAAUUGUCACUGUUUUUUUGUGUUGAAUAUAUGCUAUAUGGUAAUUUAUGGGCCUAAUGUACCUAAAGCCAUUUGCACAUAACAAAAUAUGUAUUUUAUCAAAGUAAUUGUUGUAAAGUCCAUGCAGAAUGCAAAGUUCAUACAGAAUGUAGGCACCCUAUCUAUAGAAAUGAGCAAACCGGUGAUAUUUUAGGGAGCGGGCUAGCAGGUGGGGCCCAUUGUUUACAUCAUAGGAGCCUACACAACACAAAACACUAUUGCUGUAUGUAGGUUUUAUUUUGUUUGUUUUUUAUCUUAUAUUUUGGAAAUGUACAUCCAGGUUUUUUUCCUUUAAGUUUUUUGGGGCCCCCAAGAGAGUGGAGCCCUAAGUUAUAGCUUGUUUAGCUUAUACGUAAAUCUGGCACUGCCCUUACACAUUUGUGGAAGCAUGUAUGAACCUUUCAACAGGCAUUAUCCAGUGAGUUUCUAUAUCAUUCGAGCAACCACACUCCACAGAGUAUUCUGAAUAGCAACAACCCUACAGUGGUACUUGGAAGAUGCAAGAUCCCUGAAACUCCAGUGCUUCUUUGCAAGAUGUCUUGACAGCUGUGCAUUUGUUUUGCUAUAAACUUCUAAUAUAGAAAAAGCCCCCCCAGUGGCUGUAAUGGCAUUUGAAAACAGAUCAGUCAGUAGUGGUGCAAGUGCAGGAUUUAUUUAUUUUUUUGAAAAGAAUCUGGUGUAGAAAGGUUUUAGAUUUAACAAAACAAAUUCCCAUCCGGAAUUGUGAGGAUUUAAUUCACAAACAAACUGAGCUCUAAUUUUAUUUGUACUUCUGUCGGUAAUAUAUAUUCAUUACUCGCCAAGGGCAGUAAUUUGCCAGAACAGGAAGCCCUUAACGCCAGAAUUCCCAGAUGAGCUCCCUCCAUACAUUUAUAAAUCUGAUGGUCGCCAUAAGAUCCAUUAUGACAGAGAAAACACAGCACAGGGAAGCCGCCUCCAGCUCAAGAAUCACAGGCACAUGGUGUCAGUGUGCUGAAAAACAGAGAUGACUCGGGUGUAAAGCACAGAAGGACUGCUUUGCUUUAGAGGCAAAUUUACAGAUACAGGGACAGAAAUCAUGGGAUUCGAUAGUAAAGUCCUAAUAAUUUCAUAUGCUGUGCAAUGCCCAGAACAUUUUAAAUGGUUGGUGAUAUUAAUAGUGCGUAAUAUCAUCAACCAUUACCAUCAACCAUCAAAAGAGAGUCACUUUUGACCAUAGUAUGCUGCAGGUAAUAAUAAUAAUAAUAAUAAUAAUAAUAAUAAUAAUAAUAAUAAUAUUUUUAAAAAAUUGAAUAAUAAAACGAAGGGGGGAAAUCCCUCCAAUGUAAGUUUAAUUCACCAGCCUUCCAACCUACCACAAGUAGCCAGGAAAUUCCAAAGCAGCAAUAAAUCUUGCCGCAACUCCCAGCAAUUAGCACUCACUGAACUCAGAGCUAUGUACCUCAUCAAUCAAUGAGACAGUCCUCCGAUAAGCACACGGCCAUCUCUACAUCUCUGGGCCCAUAACCAUUGUUGGAACACAUGGGGGGGGAAAGCACAGCGCCCUCACUGAGACAGACUUCUCCGGACAUCUUCCUCUGGAGCGCAACCCGGGACGCUCAUAACUCUGCAGUCCCGGUGCGCAGCAGCAACACAUAUCCGAAGAUAUAUGCAUACUCAAACAGCAGAGUAAAGCUGGAAGCUCAGGCUAUGAGGUGUGACGUCUAAGUAAUUUAUUAAGCAAUAUAUACAGGACAAAGCAGGGGUGCGGAUGGCACUGUGGGUUAAACCACAGAGCCUAGGACUUGCUGAUCAGAAGGUCGGCGGUUCAAAUCCCCGUGACUGGGUGAGCUCCCAUUGCUCGGUCCCUGCUCCUGCCACCCUAGCAGUUCAAAAGCACGUCAAAGUGCAAGUAGAUAAAUAGGUACCGCUCUGGUGGGAAGGUAAACGGCAUUUCUCUGCGCUGCUCUGGUUCGCCAAAAGUGGCUUAGUCAUGCUCGCCACAUGACCCAGAAGUUGUACGCCGGCUCCCUCGGCCAAUGAAGCGAGAUGAGCGCCGCAACCCCAGAGUCGGUCACAACUGGACCUAAUGGUCAGGGGUCCCUUUACCUUUACAAGACAAAGCAACCAUGGUGUCCUCUCACAUCUUCUCCAAGAGAGAGAGAAAAAGUACAAAAGUACAAUCCAACGGAAGAGAUAGAACUGGCUUCCAUUUCCCUCACUUUCCAAGCACGGAAUGUAAACACAGACAUGUGAUGUAAUAAUCACACGUCCAGCAACGGGAGAGAAUGAAAAUGCUGACAGUUAUUGCGACUUCUGGGCUAACAGGUUAGUUGGGAGGAAGCCGCUUGGGCUCCUGGGGCGGCGCACCCAGGGGCUGGGCGAGCCUCCCAUAGGGGCAGGGUACACCGCAGGGCCUCCGGAAUCUGCCUGCCUCCUCCCACUCAGCCGCCCUACAGCUGGGAGGGAGGCAGCGGGCGGACCAUUUGGGCAGCAUGGAGCCUGCGCCACCCAAGUUACCGCGUCACUCCCAGAAGAGACGUGUGGCUCGGGCGUGUUGCAGGCCCCGCAGUGAGUGCCGCCCGGCAUUUUGUCACCCCCCUCAGUGGUGACACCCAGGGCGGCCCGCACCCACCACCCACCCCUUCCUCCAUCCCUGCCUGGGGUGUCUUCACUACAGAUUUAAAGGAGCUUAAAUAUCCCCUCUCCAGUGUGGUGUAGUGGUUAAGAACGGUAGACUCGUAAUCUGGUGAACUGGGUUCGCUUCCCUGCUCCUCCACAUGCUGCUUCUGGGUGACCUUGGGCUAGUCACACUUCUCUGAUGUCUCUCAGCCUCACUCACCGCACGGAGUGUUUGUUGUGGGGGAAGAAGGGAAAGAAGAAUGUUAGUCACUUUGACUCCUUCAGGUAGUGAUAAAGCGGGAUAUCAAAUCCAAACUCCUCCUCUUCUUCUUCUUCUUCUUCUUCUUCUUCUUCUUCUUCUUCUUCUUCUUCUUCUUCUUCUUCCAGCUACAGGAGAGCUUUGCAUUUGCUGCACAUCACAUUCUCCAUUUAAACAAAGCUUAUACUCCCAAGAGAUUAGGUCUAUACUCCACAAAACCAAAUAUAAUAAAAAGUUCUAAGAAGUUUACAUAAAAACCAUUAAAAAACAAUGAUUUUCAGUUUUUAAAAAUCCUAAAGACUAGAACAAACUGUGUACCACAAAUGAAACUGAGCAAUGUAAAUAAUUUGGUUAAAAGUGUUUUCAACAAGGUAGCAUGUUUGAAAACUACCAUGCUAUAUGCCAUGUGUGAGAUAAUGUGGCUAUAACUAUGCUAAGAGCAGUAAUCAGAAAACAAAAUCCACUCUAGAAUAAUAAGAGAAACUCCUUGUGUGAAAGUUAUUUUCACUCAACAUAUCAUUAAGUGUUUUCAGUUAUAUUUUUGACAUUGCUUUCCUCUCCCUGGACUGACUGCAAGUGCUUAUAAAAUAGGGUGACUCAACUUUAGGAAUGAAUUUGUACGUAGAAAACCUGGUUAACAUAUGGCCAGCUAUUCCAAAAGGUUUAUUAUGAAACUACCAUACAACAUGUAUUCAUAUACAUUUGUUUCCUUUAGCUAUAUAUACAAAUACAAUAAUAAUAAUUUGAAAUUUACUAUGUGCAGACCAGACAUUCUGAGUAAAGUAUGAUAGUCUGGGAAUGUAAGGAGAGGAUUCAGUUUAUUCCUGCUGUGAUACUGAGCAAGAUAAAUCACACAGAAUGUCACCGCAUGCUGGACUGCUUCCUUAAACCACUGAGAUGCUUUGUGUUGCUUCCUUUUCAUCAUGUAGCACAACGUACUUCAUUAAAACAAAAUAAAUUUAGCAUGUCAAUGAGGAAAGAGCGCUGAAAGAAAGAAUGUGUCUUUCUUUAUCCAAGGCAGAUGACAGAUGGCUUCAUCUGAAAGCUUCACGUUUGGGCUGAAACAUUCUUGAGAAAAUGUCUCUCCAGAACAAAAGCAUAGAGAACUGAAGCCCAACUCAUUUCCUUUUCUUUAUAUUUUUGUGUAUAUAAGCAGACCGCUCUGUUUCAAAACUUUAUGUUGCAUAGACACACGCAGAAAAUGUAUUUGAUGGGUUGGAACAAUGGGGCAGUUUCAGGAGACGCUGGUUGUUUCAAACCAUUGGUGAAAUGGUUUGGUGGCUAGGUGUAACUUUUGAGCAUGCUCCAAGGUGAGGCAUGAGCCAGUGAGAACAACAACAGGAAGAAUGCUUCCAUCGUUGAGUUGCCUCACAGGUCUGUACACCUGAAGGAACCUUCUGCCAUCUUUGAAUAACAUACAGUGGUACCUCGGGUUAAGUACUUAAUUCGUUCGGGAGGUCCGUUCUUAACCCGAAACCGUUCUUAACCUGAGGUACCACUUUAGUUAAUGGGGCCUCCUGCUGCCGCUGCGCCGCCACCACACGAUUUCCGGUCUCAUCCUGGGGCAAAGUUCUUAACCUGAGGUAUUAUUUCUGGGUUACCGGAGUUAGUAACCCAAAGCAUUUGUAACCCGAAGAGUUUAUAACCCGAGGUACCACUGUACUUUUGAAGAACAAACAUUUCCAGCACUGUCAUAAUUUGCUUUAUGUUGAUUAAAAUUAUAUUCAAAACAUGAUUUCAUUCCUCCCCCCCCCUCCCAAAUACUAAAUCUGGUUUUGUAUUUCACUGUUACUUCUUAGGCAUUGGAUUGGGUGUCGCCGUUAGGGAAUAUGGAAAUCUCUCCAAUCUGGAUAAAUUUUACUUUGCCUUUCCGGGAGAAGUUCUGAUGAGGAUGCUCAAGCUAAUCAUAUUGCCAUUAAUUAUAUCAAGUAUGAUAACAGGUAAGACCAAAUAUAUAUAUAUAUAUUCUUAUUUCUGUAAAUAAAAUCUGUUUGGUUAAAAAAAUAGCAUUAAGCAUUUAAAACUUUACUUCCACGACUUUCAAAUGUAACAUUUCUCAAGUCUUACACUGAUGCUAUUUUAAGAAUAUAAUGUAAUAAUUAUUUAUUAUUUAUCCCCCGCCCAUCUGGCUGGGUUUCCCCAACCACCCUGGGUGGCUCCCAACAGAAUAUUAAAAACACAAUAAAACAUCAAACAUUAAAAACUUCCCUAAACAGGGUUGCCUUCAGAUGUCUUCUAAAAGUCAGCUGGUUGUUUAACUCCUUGACAUCUGAUGGGAGGGCAUUCCACAGGGCGGGUGCCACUACUGAGAAGGCCCUCUGCCUGGUUCCCUGUAAUAUCAAAGCAUUUCCUUCACCUCCUAUUUCUAGAUUAUUGUUCCUUAACAGGUUUUAGGAAGCUCAAACUUUGAAAUUUACACAGCUGUAGAGCAGGUUCUCAGCUCAGGGUUUCUCCUGAGGGCUUUUGUCUUUUGCCAGUUACAUGCAGCUGCUUCAUCAACUGCAACCAGUUCUCAGCAGGGAUAACCUAACCAUGCUCUGAUAACCUCCCAAAUUGGAUUGCCAGGGGUGAGAGGAGGAGUACCUAAUCAGUACCUAAGCGCUCAUCUCGCUUUCAGGCUGAGGGAGCCGGUGUUUGUCCGCAGACAGCAUUCUGGGUCAUGUGGCCAGCAUGACUAAACCGCUACUGGUGCACGGAGGACUGUGACGAGUGCCAGAGCGCACGGAAACACCAUUUACCUUCCUGCCGCAGCUGUACCUAUUUAUCUACUUGCACUGGCAUGCUUUCAAACUGCUAGGUUGGCAGGAGCUGGGACAGAGCAACAGGAGCUCAUCCCGCCGUGCAGAUUUGAACCGCCGACCUUCAGCAAGCCCAAGAGGCUCAGUGGUUUAGACCACAGCACCACCUGUGUCCCUCAAAUUCAGAACUUAACAAUCAUAGAAUCACAAAACUGUAGAGUUGGGUGAAGUGAAGGGCGUGAGGCAGGAGUUGGUAAUGCAGGUGCAAAGUUAUUUUGGCACCUGUUUCUACCGCUUCAUUUUCCCCUUGAACAAUGUAUAAUGAAGGAGACAAAGGUCACAGACAGAGCACGGCAGACCACUGAGAAAGCCAAAGGUUAGAUAGAGGGCAUGAUGUUCAGACAGCUGUGGCUUGUCUGUGGAUGGAAGUGCUCCACAUCCGGCGGUCAUUCCUUCAGUUUUUUAGUUUUGGUGGCCCUUGAUCUGGACACUAGACUUCUCUUGAUGCAGUCUAGAAUUGCAUUCGCUUUUCUUUUCUUUUCUUUUGUUGCUGCAUCACACUGUUUACUCAUGUUAAGCUUGUGGUCCACUAUGACCUCUAGAUCCUUUCAUAUGCACUACUAUCAAGCCAGGUGCCCCCACAAAUCCUUCAGUAAGUCAAGAUUCCGUCUUGUUCUGAUAGUCAUCAGAUGAGAGUUAAAGGAGGAAAUGGGUCGUGAUUCAUAGAAGACAUGUGUAAAUCCUCACAAUCUUCUGGGAAGACAAUGAUUGUCUUAGUCUGAAAUUUGCAAGGUGGUUGUGAUGCACUUUUCAAAGAGAUGGUAAUGUGAUUGGUCUGUAAUGUAGGCAAACUAGAAUUUCCCCCUCAUAUUAGGUUAUGUGAGUUGAUCAGUUACACAUCACAUGCAACCUAGUUUGUGUGCAGGUUGCUUUUGAAUUCCAGAUCAUCCACAUCAUUCUGCUGACACGUUCACAAAGCACAACCACAUUAUACGUAGCAACCUGCUUUGCCGAACUGUACACCGAAGUGGUUGUGUGAAUCAGUUCUUAAUGCACGUGCUCUUCGAGCAGAGCUCAUUUUAAUGUUUGAUUGCGCUUGGUUAAGUAGUAACCACACUCUUCAAUAGCGUGGCAUGUGUGCUUGAGGUCAUGUAUUUUGUCUCCGCAGUCUAUAUCUCGUGCAAGCACAACAAGCACCUAUUGUCUGCCUCGGGAACUGGCCAAGUAUGCAGUAUGAAAUCAGUCUCUGUAGAGAGAGGAUUUAUGGUUUGAUCAUCAAAUAGAGCAGUGUUGGCACAGGCAGUUAAUACAGGCCAGGCUUUUUUGCUGAUCCUCUUUAAUGACCAAUUUAUUGUGUGGGCUAAAUGGAAUGGAGGAAGAAAUAGAUUCUGUCAGUUUCCCUCUAAUAGCUAGGUGACUUGUUCGGGCCUUGCUAGAAGCUCUGAGAAAGGGAGGAGGAGUAUUGCUGAUUCACACUCAGUGAUGACUUUCAGAUUUCAUCAGUGGCUAAUUUCUGAAAGAGAGCUGCUUUGAGUUCAAGCCUGCCUAAAAGGCACACCCUUUGAUCUUCUCCCUAAUAUCAGGUGUUUUGAGGGACUAACGCUGGUCACUCUGUGCAGAGAAUGAACUCUGUACAUGUGCAGAGGCACGCAUAUCUUAUUAUCUUGCAAUAUCGUUCAGAAUGGAAGCCUUGCUCAAUUGAAAUCUGGUUCUGGGUCUCCAUCUUAGUAAUUUAGUAAUUUAAAACCCUGAAGGGACAUGCGUGGCGUUUUGGGUUAAACCACAGAGCCUAGGGCUUGCCAAUCAGAAGGUCGGCAGUUCGAAUCCCCGCAACAGCUCCCGUUGCUCGGUCCCUGCUCCUGCCAACCUAGCAGUUCGAAAGCACGUCAAAGUGCAAGUAGAUAAAUAAGUACCGCUCCGGCAGGAAGGUAAAUGGCGUUUCCAUGUGCUGCUCUGGUUCCCCAGAAGCGGCUUAGUCCUGCUGGCCACAUGACCCGGAAGCUGUACGCCAGCUCCCUCGGCCAAUAAAGCAAGAUGAGCGCCGCAACCCCAGAGUCGUCUGCGACUGGACCUAAUGGUCACGGGUCCCUUUACCUUUAAAACACUGGAAUGCUGACACAUGGUGGUAGAAGUCAACGUGCCGAGGCACCGUCCCAUAAAGAACAUAGAACAGAGCUCUAUAGCUUUGUACUGGGACACGAUCACAAUUCUGGCAACAGUACAGGAUAAGCCAUUAACACACUAUACUGGCAGCUGCCACAUGGCUGCACCAGGGCAAUUAUGUUGAUCUUGGUGUGCAAGGAAAUGAUAGGAUUCUCUCCACAGUGGCGGAGCAAGCCGAUCGGGUGCCUGGGGCAGCGCGCAUGCCCUGGGCCAUGGGGCGGGGCCACCCGCCCACAAGGUGGGACAGGAUGCUCCAUGGGGCCUCUGGAGUCUGCCUGCCCCUCCCACUCAGCUGCCCUACAGCUGAGGGGGAGGUGGUGGGUGGGCUGUUUAGGGUAGCGUAGAGCCUGCGGGUGCUCAAGCCACUGUGUCACUCCCAGGAGAGACACAUAGCUCGGGCUCUGCAGGCCUUAGUGCCGCCCAGCAUUUAUUUUUAUUAUUAUUAAUUUAUUAUUUGUACCCCGCCCAUCUGGCUGGGUUUCCCCAGCCACUCUGGGCGGCUCCCAUAGAAACCAAAAAACACUAAAAUAUCAUACAUUAAAAACUUCCCUGAACAGGGCUGCCUUAAGAUGUCUUCUGAAUGUCAGGUAGUUGUUUAUCGUUUUGACAUCUGAUUUUGUCACACACACCCCGUGGUGACACCUGGGGCGACCCGCCCCCACCGCACCCCCUUCCUCCACCACUGCCUCUCCAAUCCCCUUGUGUAAUACUUGGGUCUUUGUCCCUUAAAGGAGUUAUUGAGAGUGAUACAGGGACUGGAAGGUGUUUAAAGGAUACUUGCAAAACCAUAUUGAAAAAUCAGAACUCCUAUUAAACAAGUUCCGUUUUAAAUACUGAAAUACUAAAUAAGAUGGAUAACAAUGUGUAAUAGAAAAAGAAGCAUGAAAUUAGAUUAAAGGUGUGUGAAAGAAAGUAAUAGAAGUGGAAAGAAAUUGCAAUAGAGCAGAUUGGAAGUCUAACACAAAGGUGGGGUGAGGGGUGGUGGAUGGUGAUGGGAAAAGGAAUUUUCUGUGGGAUUGAGUGUAGGUAUGUUUGAACAUUUUUAAGGAUUGUAUGAAAUGUAUGUUUGUAUAUUUGCAAUAUGUGUGUAUUAAUGCUGAAUUAUUUUAAUAAUAAAAACUUUUUUUAAAAAAAAUUUUAAAAAAAGAGAGAGAGAGAGAGAGAGAGAGUGAUACAAAUUUGUACUGGUUAUAGUUAUGGGGAUGUAGGACCAAACCAGCCAGGACACUGAAGAAUGGAGGUAGAGGAGCUCCUACAAUAACUGCAUAUUUGUCCUUUUGCAUAGAAGAAGGGCUGUGAGGAAAGCACUGGCCCAGCAAUUCAAACACAUCUGCUUUGCCAGAAUGCCUAGUGCCAACAUGAUCAAGUGAUAAGAUCUCCUUGCAAUGGAGCUAUGGAUCUAUCCUCUGUCCUUCGGUUAUUUGUCCAUAGGAAUAGGUCUUCAGAGUCUUAUCUCUCUGAAAACCACUGAAAUGCUGGGAAAUUUUUAAGCGAAAGAUCUUAACUAUGAAUGUAUGUGAUUGGUAUGUAAUGCAGACCUUGCUUAUUAAAUUGAGCUGGUUGCAGCUUUUCCCUAUCUGGAAAACCUUGUGAAAUUUGAACACCGUCCCAAGGUUUGCUUGAUUUUGUAUGUUUUUUAAGAAGCUUUAUCUGUGUUGCUGAGCAAUGAAAUUUCUUAGCAUUAACAAAUAGACAAAAGUACUUCCUUCUUGACUUCUGUUCCAGGAACAUUUCUUAACAGAAUUAUUAUUAAGUGGAAGAGGGAGGUUUUGUUUUUUUGAAAACAAUAAGUGUCUCUUUGAGCAUAAUAUAAGUCUGUGAUUCACAAAUCCUUCUUCAUGGAAAUGAUGGAGGAUUUUAUGAGAAUGCUGACCCUUUAAAACGGUUCUCAUGUUGCUCCUAUUGUCUCUUUCUCUCAAUUUCAUUGAUUUUGCGAUUGCGGCACUCUUUCCUUCUGUGGUAUUUUCUCUGUCCUUCACUUUGUUCUGCUUAAGCAUGCUUGCCCAGUAAUUUGAAAGCUAUAGCUCCAAUCUUCAGAUCCACAUGUAAUAUAGUUCCCUGAAAAUAGGCAUGCGUUACCAACAAACAAACCUCAUGAGCUUUCAUGUUCCAUUUCUGAUUUGUAUUUUUUUCAUUGUGAGGGGUAUAUAAUUUGCACUGUUGUAUUUUUUAAAAAAAAUGACAAGUAGAAAGUGAGGGUUUAUUUUUUUAACCUAAUUGCUCAUAAAGCACAAAAUGAUUAAUGCACCAAUUAUUCAUAUAUUUCUGGAAUGUAUGAUUGUAGAUUAGAAACUCCCCAAAUAAGGUUUCUCUGUAUGUUACCACUCCCCUUACUUUUCCAUCUAUAUUGACCUACUAGCUAGAUCUUGUGCUGCCACGAUUUCCUUGCUGCUAUCGCUGCGGACUCUGUAACCAGUAUAGAUGAACCUUUCCAUGUCAAGAAAGCAUGGUUUACCCCCAACUGUUUCCCCCUAAAUGCAACAGCACUUCCUUCACAUUCAUUGCCCAUGGAGUGCCUUCGUUGUCCUGAUUCAGAUUGGGUUCUUGCAAACUUGUUUAUGGAUGCUGGUACUUCAGGGAUGGGGAACUUGUAACUUGCCAGACGUUAUUAAACUACAAUGUCCAUCUUUUCUUAACAUUGGCUGUGCCGACUUAACUCUGAUGGUAGCUGGAAUCCAAAAAUAGCUGGAGGACCACAGGUUUCUCCUCUCUGUUCUAGUGAAAUAUUAACCUCAGAUUAUUUUUUUCUUUCUUAAAGACUGAAAGUUCAUGCUGAGGACUGCACAGACCACCAUUUAAAGCUCAUUGUCCCAUCUUGUAAGAAUCAUGGGAACUGUAGUUUUACAUGUAUGUAUAAUACCCAGCACCCUUCACAAACUACAGUUCCCAGGAUUCCUUGGUGGGUGCUUUAAAUGCGUGUUGUAUACACAGCCACACAUUCAGACCCUGCCCACAAGAGAUGUUGUUUCUUGUCAGAAGUUCUGAGAAUUCUAGUGGAAAUAAUCAUGUUGUUUGUUAUGAAAGAAUUUAAGUUAUAGUCUCUUCCCAUCUCUUGGCGCGGGGGGGAGGGGGGAGCAGAGCGGAAAUAGCCAUUGAUGAACCAGUGCUAUGUCUUCCUGGCUAUUUUUUAUUUUUACAGUCGUACUUAAUUCAUUCCAGAGGUCUGUUCUUAACUUGAAACAGUUCUUAACCUGAAGCACCACUUUAGCUAAUGGGGCCUCCCGCUGCCACUGCGCUGCCACUGCACGAUUUCUGUUCUAAUCCUGAAGCAAAGUUCUUAACACGAGGUUAUAUUUCUGGGUUAGCGGAGUCUGUAACCUGAAGCGUAUGUAACCUGAAGCAUCUGUAACCCGAGGUACCACUGUAUUUUUAACCAAUACAUUUCAGAGGCAAAGCCUCCUAGCCGUCAUUGUACAGUGGUAUCUUGGCUUACAAACACCUUGGGUUACAAACACUUCGGGUUACAGACUCCACUAACCCAGAAGUAGUACCUCCAGUUAAGAACUUUACCUCAGGAUGAGAACAGAACUCGCGUGCUGGCGGCGCAGUGGCAGUGGGAGGCCCCAUUAGCUAAAGUGGUGCUUCAGGUUAAGAACAGUUUCAGGUUAAGAACAGACCUCUGGAACGAAUUAAGUUCAUAACCAGAGGUACCACUGUACUAUGUUCCUGUCUGAAAUUCUGAAAUGAUGCCUUAUUUCUAAAACUGAUUAGUUUAGUUUCUUAGAUAAAAAGACAGGCUAACAUCCAUCUCAUGAAAUAAAUUUGGCCAUGCCACUGGGUCACCAUUUGGCCAUGCCACUGGGUCACUUUUAAAAGCAGUUAGAUUUUCCUGUGCAAGUUAAAAAGGUGGCAUGUACGACAUAGAAUAAAAUGGCACAAACAGAUACAUUAUCAGGAUAGGAUGCUGACUAUCAGCCACAAUGACCCAAUGAGACCUGUAUGUUCAGGGUAAUACCAUAUUUACUUGAAUCUAAUGCUCACCUUUUUUACCCAAAUUACUUUGCAAAAAUUAAGGUGCACAUUAGAUUCAAUGUCACAUUUACAUCUGCCAGCAAAUACAUUUUUUGGUUUCCAGGUUCUGAAAAUUGAGGUGUGCAUUAAAUUCGAUGGCACAUUAGACUCGAGUAAAUACGGUAUAUCUUUGAUUAACCAAUCUGAAGGUGGGGCGACAGAUGAGAACCAACACCUUGAUGGCAUGCUUGUGAGAUUCCAUAAAUCUGGUUGACAGCUGUUGCAAACAGAGCGUAAUGCUGCCAUUGUGGUUGAUCAAACAGAAGUGUCUACUAACAAUUGGUUUCAACCAAUUUCCCCUUCCUUCUGCAACCCCUUGCACCCCUUCCACACUGUCUUGGAGGUUCCUUAACUCUACUAUGUCAGUAGGCAUUUCAUAUGAACAGCACAGGAAGUCAUCUUAUACCAAAUCAAACCAUGAUUAGUGCAUUUAGCUGACUAUUGUCUCCAUUGGCGGUCAGCAUCUCCCCAGGGUUUCAGGCAGGGCACAUUGCCAGUCGUACCUUGAGAUGCCCGGGAUUGGGACCCUCCGCAUGUGAAAUGACUGUUUUGCCACUGAACUACGUACGGCCCUUCGUGUGUAUCAAAAGCUUUUUCUGCAAGUGGAAAAGCUUAAUUGGAAGUCACCCACAAUGCAAGGAGAAUAGGUAAAGCAAAUAUCAGAAAUGUAGACAUGAACUGGCCAUGCGGAGAUGGCAGUAUUGAGUCGGUGGCUCAUGUGCUUCUGGCUUGCACUCCUUAUAAAAAGAUUUGAGGAGUGAGGUUGUCCAUGCCAGGUCACUCCACCCUUGCCACUGUGCCCUUUCUUCUAGUGGAUCAAGAUGAUCAGGUGGCAGCAAAAAACUGCAAGAUCCAUUAUUUUACUAUUGAUGUAAACCUUCAAAAUAUAUUUUGUAUAGUUAAGUUUUUACCUCUCUCUUCAGCACAUUUUAUUUUAUUUUAUUUUGUUGCUAUGGCUAGUGACUGAUGCAAAUAAAGAUUCUUCUGAUCUAGACAUGAACUGCAUUUAUUUACAAAUGUUUAUGAACUAGAAUCUCAUUAUUUUCCAAAUAUCCCCAGGUGUUGCUGCUUUGGACUCCGGCAUUUCUGGGAAGAUUGGCUUGCGGGCAGUUGUUUACUACUUCUUCACUACAGCUUUAGCCGUAAUCCUAGGUAAUCCUAGAAUCUUUAUAAUCCUUAAAUUUAUUUGCAUUGUACAAUGAUGUUUUGUUUUUGUUUUAAAUGCACAUCAGAAGUAAACAGUCAUUUUCACCUCACCCAGAUUUUUUAGAAAGAGCAUGUUUGGAUAAACUGUUACAUCGAGAGUCAUUCUCAUGGAGUAGGAUGUUUUUCCCCCUCCAUGCUACAUUCCAGAUAUGUGAUUUCAUAGGCAUACAGGAUUGUCUUAACAACAAUUAUAAUGCUUAACCAUGGGAUUACCAGUACCUGUACUGUUACCUCUACUGUUUAGGGAAGCUUUUAAUAUUUGAUGAAUUAUUGUAUUUUAAUAUUUGGCUGGAAGCUGUCCAGAGUGGCUAGGGAAACCCAGCCAGAUGGGCAGGGUAUAAAUUAUUAUUAUUAUUAUUAUUAUUGAGCAAACAAGGACCAGGCAGGAGCAAAGCAGCUGCAAUCUCCUCCUUAGGAUCCAGCACAUUCACAUAAACCAUAAUUUCGCUUAUUGUGAAUGUGCAACUUUGGCCCCCAUGUCCAUCUGCUGCCUUGGUUCAUCAAUAGGCUGAAUGACUUGGUGUUUACUCUCUGUUGUGUGUGCCACAGAAGCUCAGAAAUGAGUCAGCUGUUUCCUCACCAAAGGAAUUAACCCAUUAAACUGCAUUCCUUAACACGAUCUUGUGGCGACAUUGUAUCCUGUAACAGUGAACUCAGUUUUCCACCAAACUGUAAAAGAAAAAUCAUUGAUUCUACAGCUGACAUAAUCCUGGCCUGUCAUUUGCUGUGCUCUGGAAACAGCCAUUGUACACCUUGUUUUCUUUUUUUAAAAUGCUGUGUGCAAGAUUUCCAUCUGUUCAGAAUGUUAUUUUUCUCCAUUACAGGGGUUGUGUUGGUUGUGGCUAUCAAACCAGGAGUGUCCCAGAAUGCUGCGGAGAUUGACAGAAUGGGCAGUACACCUGAGGUCUCCACAGUGGAUGCUAUGUUAGACUUGGUUAGGUGAGCUUUCAAAUUCUGUUCUGUUGCUAAACCAAUUGCACCAUAAAUGCCACUGUCUCAGUUUUAAGCUAUCAAUCCACAUAUAUCUGAGAGAUGGAACAGCUUGUACAGUCAUACCUCGGGUUACAGACUCUUCAGGUUGUGUGUUUUUGGGUUGCGCACCGCGCCGAAGCCAGAAGUACCAGAAUGGGUUACUUCCGGGUUUCGGCACUUGCGCAUGUGCAGAAACACUAAAUUGCGCUUUGCAGAUGCGCAGAAGCGCCGAAUCGCGACCCGCGUGUGCACAGACGCGGCACUGCGGGUUGAAAACAUGCCUCCUUCACUGAUCACGUUCACAACCCGAGCGUCCACUGUAGUGUAGAACUUUGAAGCAAUAGAUUGUAUUCAGUGCUGUCUGCAGACCUUGAGCAAGCAGAAUAAACCUCUGCUUUUACAAUGAGACUUCACAUUCCUCUUCUCCCUGUGGAGCCCUCUGAGUGCUUUCGUUCACCUGCUCCAGGUGUUGUGGUUUCUCUGGAGCAUAUUUUGUGGGGAGAAGCAGAGAUGUUGAAGUCCAGAUGCCCAAGUGGAAAUCUGCUCAUGCAAUGCUGGAUUCUGACCAAUAUAAAGGACUUGUUCAUAAUGAUGCAGUUCCUUUUCUUGAUAAAGCACAGAGGGUAGCAUAUGCAAUUCAUACUAGCUUUUGCUUUUUCUUUACUCAGCUGGUAGGUGUCCCCUGCCCAAUGCAGUAUUUGGAACCAUUUGUCUGCCAAAACAAAAUGAUAUAAUUACUAAACACAACAAGGAGAAAGUGUUACAAAGUCUGGGUGGGACAUUUUUAUCCUACUCUGUCAAUCCAGUAAGAUUGUAUAUCUGUAUCCCAUGCACUGCAUCCCGACGGAAUGACAAAUAUAGCAUGGAAGAAAGAUCCCAGUCUGUUGUGAACCCAUUUGUUAAAACAUUGACUCUUUAAGGCCUUACAUAAGUGUUUCACCUUGAACAGAUCUUCCUAGAACUUUGAGCCUUGAUAUAAUAUAUCCUGGGAUAUGUGGAGAGAGAGAGAGAAAAAAAACAUUAUCACCAGCAUUCCUUAUUGCUUCUUGAAUAUAGUUUGUAUUGUUACAUUGCAAUAUCAUUAAAGGAUCUUAAAAUCCUUCUGCAGGAAUAUGUUCCCAGAAAACCUUGUGCAGGCCUGUUUCCAACAGGUAAGUUCAAUCUUGGUAUUUACUAACCCCUGUUCUGGUAUUUACUAACCCCUUCCCUGGGAGGCACAGUGGGUUAAACCACAGAGCCUAGGACUUGCCGAUGAGAAGGUCAGCGGUUCGAAUCCCCGCGACAGAGUGAGCUCCCGUUGCUCGGUCCCUGCUCCUGCCAACCUAGCAGUUCGAAAGCACAUCAAAGUGCAAGUAGAUAAAUAGGUCUCUGGCGGGAAGGUAAACGGCGUUUCCAUGCACUGCUCUGGUUCACCAGAAGUGGCUUAGUCAUGCUGGCCACACAACCUGGAAGCUGUACACCGACUCCCUCAGCCAGUAAAGCGAGAUGAGCGCCGCAACCCCAGAGUCGGCCACAACUGGACCUAAUGGUCAGGGGUCUCUUUACCUUUACCUUACUCUGCAUUUAUUUCUCCACCUCCAUAAAACAACAUUGUGGUGCUUAUACUGUAGGAUACUGUGAUAUUUUGGGUGCAAAAAAACACAAACCUAAUGAAAACAUCAAGGAAAAAUUAGGGUUUCCUUUCCAAUUACUAACGCAUUAGACAACAAUUUUCAGAACCAAAGCAACAUAUAAAGCUUGCAUUCCAGGGCGACAUUAAGAUACAAAACCAAAGGCCUUAAUAGAUCAAGUGGUUCCCUUUUUCUAGUGGUGCAGAAAUAUUUCGUGGCUGCAACUUCCUCAGCACUGGGAUCGGCCCGCAAGGCGUCAUCUUUAUAGCUCAGAAAAAGAAAGUGAGGAAUCAGAGGGAAUUUUAUGGUUCUCUGAUUGCUUGCACUUGCGGUGAAGGAGGAGAAGCGUUAGGUAGAAGGAAUAAGGAAUGUAGAAAUAAACCAACACGAGGACAUGGCCCUGGCUCAGGUGUGGCUCUUCGGUGAGGAUGUUGUGUCCUCUUAACUGUCCCUCUCCCAACACUCUUAAUUCCCUUGGCAAAGUUUUCUGGAACAGUCUCACACUUAUCGUCUUACACAACAGCAGUUGGCAGGGCAGGGAAGGCAGGACUUCCCAACAGCAAGCGUUGCUGCUGGUUACCAAGAGGUGGAUGGGGAGGAGCAACGAGCGAGGAGCUCAGCACAGGAGCAUCAGAUUGGCUUUGCUGAGCUUCCUGCACCUUGCCCUUCUGCCUCUCUCUCUUGGUAAGCAGCAGGGAUACUCAGGGUCAGGGAGCCAGGUGAGCAACACCACCCCACCAACCAGUGCUUUGACGUCGUUAUUUACACAGGCAACUCCCCAUUUGCUUGCAAUCAGCAUGCUCGCAACCACUGCUGUUUUUUUGGCACACGGGCUUGUGUGUGUCCCGCCAAUGCGUGCGGUGCCUCAGAACACAACCCCUGUGUAAAUGGGGAGUUGCCUCUGCUCUGUUUCACACAGGCAACUAGCCUUGUGAAAUACAAUGAACCCCAAAAGAGAAACAUGAAACCAGAGUUUCCCAAACUUUGGUCUCCAGCUGUUUUAGGACUACAACUCCCAUUAUCCCUAGGUAGCAGGACCAGUGGUCAGGGAUGAUGGGAACUGUAGUCCAAAAAAAACAGGUGGAGACCCAAGUUCGGAAACCCUGCAUUAAACAAAUACUUCAUCAAACAAACUCGUUAUUAUUAUUAUUAUUAUUUAGAUAUUUUAUUGAAAAAAAUUCAGAUAUAAUGCAGUAGAUACAAAAAGAAGGAGAAAGGAAAAAGAACAAAACACAGAACUGUGUAAAGGCGGAAAAACUAUAUGCAGAUGUACAAAAAAUACCCUAACCCAUACAUGCUUUUAUAAAUUUGAUAUUGUUAUCCUAAUACUGAUAGAAAUAUUAAUAGUCUGCAGCAUUUUGUAUAAAUUCAUUCCAAAUAUUGUCGUAUUUAUCCAAGCAGAGUCUAUGUCUGUAAGCAGUCCGUUCGCCGGUUGCAAGUGUUAUCAUAUUAUCAAUCCACUGAUUAAAGGAGAUCAUAUCUUUAUUCUUCCAGUUCAUCAGUAUCAGCCUCUUGGCUACCAUUAGAGAGCGUAAAAUCCAUUUUCGUUGUCCUUUUGCUAACUUCCGUACAGUAGGUAUAAAGAAAACUAAAUCAUUUAUUCCAUACAAUGUUGGCUCUUGUUCUAACAUAACCCUUCAUGAUGAUUUCCUAAUAUCAUAUUAGGUAUUUCUAUCUAUGUACACAUUAUAAUGCAUCUGCACGUCAGUUGUUGUUGACAUGUUAAAACCAUAAAUAGUAUAUAUCAGCAUUCUAGGCCUUACUAAACACCUUCCACCCUGAAAAGAAGUUUAAAAAAUAGUUUCCUUGUCAAUCCAUUAUAUCCUAAGAAUGUAAUGUAUGUUUUCUUAACUUUCAGUAUAAGACCAAGCGUGUAGAAAUAACGAUCACAACGGAAGUAGACAAAAAUGCAACUAUUCCUACACCAGACCCACUCUCUACUGUACUGCCAACAGAGAUUUCAAAGGUAUGAUUACUACUGGUUGUUGUAUUGCACUGAAACUAUUGAAAUUAUGACGAAAGGGUUAGGGUAGUAAAAUUCUGCUUGUUAAUGUGAUAAUCAAUAACAGGAAUUGAAAAGGGUCUACUGGACCACACUGUUAAAAGACCCAAGCUUGUGGUCGAAUUCUUUAAGAUAAUUUGUUCUCCAGAGGCUCCGCAUGCAGCCUUUUAGUAGCACUACACAAACCAAUACUUUCAAAACUAUAACCCAGGCAUAGGCAUGAUCCCUAGCUAAUAGGACCAGUGGUCAGGGAUGAUGGGAAUUGUAGUCCAAAACAUCUGGAGGGCCGAAGGUUGCCUAUGCCUGCUAUAACCCAAGGGAAAAAAGUAGCAAACUAAUCAAUAAAUGGGACGCAGGUGGCACUGUGGGUUAAACCACAGAGCCUAGGACUUGCAGAUCAGAAGGUCGGCAGUUCGAAUCCCCGCGACAGGGUGAGCUCCCGUUGUUCGGUCCCUGCUCCUGCCAACCUAGCAGUUCAAAAGCAUGUCAAAGUGCAAGUAGAUAAAUAGGUACUGCUCCGGCGGGAAGAUAAAUGGCAUUUCUGUGCGCUGCUCUGGUUCGCCAGAAGCGGCUUAGUCAUGCUGGCCACAUGACCCAGAAGCUGUAUGCCAGCUCCCUCGGCCAAUGAAGUGAGAUGAGCGCCGCAACCCCAGAGUCAGCCAUGACUGGACCUAAUGGUCAGGGGUCCCUUUACCUUUACUAACCAAUAAACACCAAACAGGCUUAAGUUUCUAGAGUUUCCUGAAUGAGAAAGCUGCUUAAGUUUCACAUAAACAAAAUGUGUUGUUGGUAUUCAUAUUUUAUUGAAAAGAUUUCAGUUUAAAGAAAUAAAGUGAUGCAAAGAAAAAGAGAAAUAAAAAGGCACAAAAAUAUGUAGGGGGGAAACCCACAAUAUACGAAUAUAUAUGAAAAAUACCCGAACCCAUACAUUCUUUUAUAAAUCUGAUAUUAUUAUCCUAAUACAUAUGGGAAUAUUAAUAGCUCACUACAUUUUGUCUAGACUCAUUUCAAAUACAGCCGUGCCUUGGAAGUCAAAUGGAAUCCGUUCGGGAAGUCCGUUCAAGUUCCAAAACGUUCGAAAACCAAAGCGCAGCUUCUGAUUGGUUGCAGGAAGCUCCUACAGCCAAUUGGAAGCCCCGUCAGAUGUUCGGCUUCCAAAAAUAGUUCAUAAAUCAGAACAGUCACUUCCGGGUUUGUGAUGUUCGGAGCCAAAACGUUCGAGAACUAGGCUGUUCGACUUCCAAGGUAUGACUGUAUUGUCAUAUUUAUGCAACCAAAGUCUACAUCUGUAAAGUGUUCAUAAUUUGCGAGUGUUAUCAUAUUGACGAUCCAUUUAUUAAAGGGAAUUGUAUCUUUAUUCUCCCAGUUCAUCAAUAUCAGCCUCUUGGCAUUGUUGCUGAUUGGUAACUUUUCUCCUUCACUCUCAAUCUGCAGAAUAUAACCAAGGAAUACAAAAUAGUGGGUUUGUAUUCCGAUGGUAUUAACGUUCUUGGCCUGAUAGUCUUUUGCCUUGUCUUCGGAAUUGUUAUUGGGAAAAUGGGAGAAAAGGGGAAGGUGCUGAUGGACUUCUUCAAUGCACUGAACGAUGCCACAAUGUACAUAGUUCAGAUAAUAAUGUGGUAAGUAGAAUGAUAUCUUGCCCGUAAGUUUUGUUACUGUAAUGGUAUCAGGGGGUUGCUUGAGAGCAAUCAGGCAAAUGCCUCCCUGGUCUGUUGUAAAGCCUUGUUAUUGGUGCCAAAAAAACCUUCACCAUGCAGACCACCACUAUUCUGUGGCUGGCUCAUUCACUGGCAGAAUCUGAGAGUCGGCGGUCCUUAAACCUUCCCCAGCAGAGUAGUUUCUUGACGCCCAGUCUGCGCUUCCCCUCUCUGCGCGGAAGCCUACUGCGCAAGGAGGGCGUGGGUAACGGGGGACCUCCCUCCUCCCCACUUUGCUCAGACAAGGUGUCCUGGCACCGCCUUGCAUCCUCCGAGCCCUGCGCCUCCUCCCCACUAGAGGCGUGGCUUCCUUCCUCCGCUGAGGAGGUGCUGCUUCCCACGAUCUUUGGGGGCUCUCUGUAAUCCAUCCGGCUUUUCCCCUCUCGCCCCUGAGCCGAUGGCAGUUCCCUGACAGUUAUUGAAUUCAGGAUGAUGAUAAUAAUAAAAAAGUAAUUUACAUAAAACUUCUUUCAGAAAGUCGACGUGAUUAACAGGUUUAUUCCUUGAGUUUUAAAAUAUUACGCAUUUGGCUGUGAAAGCUCUUUCUCCCUCCCCACCUCUUUCGCUUUUCCUCUUCCCCCUCCCCCGAAAGAGGCUAUUUAUUCAGCUAUCAAAGUUACAGAAUCGCUGGCGGUUGGGGACGGCAUUUUUGGUAUUCGUAUAAUUGAACCCUUGUUGCCAAAGCUAUGACACAACAUGGUUUCUGCUCCUAACUUUCAAAAAUACAUCUCUUCUAAGCUUCUAAGGUUACCAGACGCCCCCGUUUCCCAGGGACAGUUUCCAGAUUUACAAAUCAGUCCCCAUACAAAAUCCAUUGAGGUUGAUACAUAUCCCUGGAUUUAUUGAAAAAAAAUCUGGUAACCUUAUCAUGACCUCCAACUACCAAUGAUGGUUUUUGGAUGGGCUAUAAUAGUAAAUAGCUGCUUUACUUAUUGCUUGCCUGAUUUCAGUGUUUACCACUUCUUUCUAACCCUAUACUGUAACAGUGACACAUAUGAAACCUGUGACUGUUUCUUCUGUUAUUUUUGUUCUGCAUUCUAUUGCUAUUUGCAAAAUUAAAAAUUAUUAUUUUUCGAAAAAGCAAUGGAGUGCAGUUGAGAAAAUGCACUCCCUUAGAAGCAAUCUAGAAUUAAAUUUCUGAAAGAAAGAAAGAAAGAAAGAAAGAAAGAUCACUUCUAUACGGGGGCUUUUAUUUUGUUUUCCAAAGGUAUUCCAGCUACACAAUACAGUACUCCCUUUCUUAGCUGUCCAAUGUUGAUUGACUCAUGGAUAAUUUAGCUGAGAUUCCUGCAAAACAGGGGGUUGGACUCUAUGAUUCUAUGACUUCAUGUUUUGCAUAAUGUUUUGCAUAAUAGCUCAAAUUAUGGUGUUCAUAAAAUGUACCAGUCGUGCUAAUGUCUUUUUUUUUUUUUUUACACCACCUAAAAAUAUGUAAUCGUUCAUAAAUACAACUUGAGAAGCAAAUAAUUUCAGCCACUUGUUUUCUGUUCAUUGUUAUAUGCAUGAAGUUGAACAACUUCGUUGUUUAGUGUGUUUUUAUAGCGAGCUCAAUGAAAUAACAGAGAUCAUGGAAUACUUUCUAUGACGUUUUGUGCAUUCCAGGUAUAUGCCAUUGGGUAUUAUUUUUUUGAUUGCCGGAAAGAUAAUAGAAGUUGAAGACUGGGAGAUUUUUCGCAAACUGGGUCUUUACAUGGCUACUGUUCUAAGUGGGUAUGUUAUUCCUUGAACUGUAAUAAAAAGUACUGAUUUACUUUUCAUUUUUAAUUUAUAUAUGAUAGAUCGGUUUCUUCUGUAACUGGGUAUGAGGGGACAUUCGUUUUAUAGACGUUCUAAUUUCACUGUGCUUCAGAAUGACAUUGAAUUAGAAACGCAUUCUUUUUAUUUCAAUUGUCAGCUCCCAGGCAAUAUAAUGGGGGGGGGGGAGGCCACAUGAGGUGGGGGGGAGCAGUGGCGUAGCGUGGGGGUGCGGGGGGGGCGGCCGCACCGGGCGCAACAUCUGGGGGUUAGGGUUAGGGGGCGCAAAUCCACAGGUUAGGGGGCGCAAAUCCACGGGUUAGGGGGCGCAAAUUACUUCCCUUGCCCCGGGUGCUGACAACCCAUGCUACGCUACUGGGGGGGGGAGGGGAGGCACAGAGUUCCAAGCUGAGUUACAUGCAUAUAAAUGGAACUCAUACUUUGAUUCUGUGGUCACCUAAGGAGUAUGGUGGCCAAUGUGAGAUUUGAAUUCUCUCCUCCCCCCAUAAUUUUUAUUAAAUUUUCUGUUUUACAUUUUAGAAUAUUCAUUUAAACAACCUUAAAAUAUCAGUGACUUCCAUUUUCUCUUUCCUUGGGUUCAUUUUGCAUAACAUAAAUCCCCGCAUAUUUUACAUAAACUAAACCAUGGGUAGGCAAACUAAGGCCCGGCGGCUGGAUCCGGCCCAAUCGCCCUCUAAAUCUGGCCUGCGGAUGGUCCCGGAGUCAGCGUGUUUUUACAUGAGUAGAAUGUGUCCUUUUAUUUAAAAUGCAUCUCUGGGUUUUUUGUGGGGCCUGCCUGGUGUUUUUACAUGAGUAGAAUGUGUGCUUUUAUUUAAAAUGCAUCUUUGGGUUAUUUGUGGAGCAUAGGAAUUUGUCAUUCCCCCCCCCAAAAAAAAAAUAUAGUCAGGCCCCCCACAAGGUGAGGGACAGCAAACUGGCCCCCUGCUGAAAAUGUUUGCUGACCCCUGAACUAAACCAUCCAGUAUUCCAUUAUUACACCCAUCAAAACUUAUUUACACUGUUGAUUUAUCUUUAUGCUACCGGCGUUUUCAAGUGUACACAAUUUCCCAAUAUGUCACACCUUGAUGCAUAUGAGUAGAUCAUACAUCAAAUAUAUAACAAUAUCAAACAAAAUAUACAAGUAUGUCACAUAUAUGAGAUAUUGUUGGGCCAAUUUUCCAAGUCAAAAACUGCAAUAGCUUGGCUAGCUUGCUAUGCUUCUGGUAGGUUUUGGAACCCGUUGACAGCACUUCCCUAAUGCUUUAUUGUCAGGUAAUAUCUGAAAGGUAAAAAAGGGGGGAUACGAGGAGGAAGUAUGCUUCCAUGCAUGUUAGGAAGCAGCACCUUGGGAUCAGGGCCAUAGUGGGCACUGUUUUGCAUGCACCUAUGGGUGUGUGGGGAAAGGGAGAGUUACCUGUUGCCUGAACGUCUAGAGAUCUAUUGCCAAUAUGGACAGAAAAGCUCGAUGGGCCACAAUGAAGGACGAUAACUCAGUGGGACUCACCUCCCCCUGUGCAAGUGGAGGGGCCGUGAGAGCCCGCAACCCCACCUCCUCCUUAAGGCGGAAGUGGCUUUCAUAUUAAUUUGAACAGUUUUAAAAACAGAACUAAAUUUCAAAAAUUGAGCUGUGAUUUCUGCAUUGCAAGUGGGCUGGACUAGGUGGGAUCCUUCCAACUUUACAGUUCUAUGAUUCUGUGAUUUCCCCUCUCCCUUUUUUCCCCCAGGCUUGCAAUUCAUAGUAUUGUAAUUCUGCCGCUCAUGUACUUAAUAAUAGUCCGGAAAAACCCGUAUAAAUUUGCCAUGGGGAUGGCUCAAGCACUUUUGACAGCACUCAUGAUUUCCUCAAGGUAAGCAUAAUUUUGGAAAAAAAAAUCUUCUCUUCAUAUCGAAUCAUCUUGGAGUUAAUAGAAAUGAAUUUAGAAAUGAUUAAAGCUGCCCUCUGUUUUGCCGCAUUAAAGUCUUCAUCUUAAUUUCCAGUAGCCCCAUAAGUUGUCUCAUGCCAGAUUAACAGCCAUGCACAUUGGCAUUUUACUACUAUGCUUCUUAAAGUCUUUUCUUUAUUUUCUCCCCUCCCCCCCCCAAAUGUGUGUGAUCCAGUUCAGCCACUUUACCUGUCACCUUUCGCUGUGCAGAAGAAAAAAACCAUGUUGACAAGAGAAUUACCCGAUUUGUUUUACCGGUAGGCGCUACAAUCAACAUGGAUGGUACCGCCCUUUAUGAAGCAGUGGCUGCUGUUUUUAUUUCACAACUUAAUGACUUAGAACUAGAUAUUGGGCAAAUAGUGACCAUUAGGUAAGAAUUGUACUCUUGCAUGCUUUUCAGUUCUUCUUUCCCAAGCAAUGUAACUGCUGACUUUGUUAUCCAGAAUGCUUAAUGCACACAAAGGUGGGCCAACCACAACAUGAUCUGACGUCUCACUGAAAACGUGUAGAGAACAGUGAGAUUGGUCAUCCCAGUGAAGGGAUAAAUCAGCUGUGGAACUGAACAAAGACCGGAUUUUCUGAUAUACCCACAGAUACUGGCAUUUGACUCGUGCUUUAGGGAUGAACUGAGCAGUCUAAUUCUGACUUUUUUCAGCCGUAGCCCUGUGUUCUGUGGAUUUACAGAUGAGCAUACCUAUUACACAGUAGAUAUUGUUACACAGCAAGGGACGCGGUUGGCACUGUGGUCUAAACCGCUGAGUCUCUUGGGCUUGCCAGUCGGAAGGUCGGUGGUUUGAAUCCGCGUGACAGAGUGAGCUCCCGCUGCCCUGUCCCAGCUCCAGCCAACCUUGCAGUUCGAAAGCACGCCAGUGCAAGUAGAUAAAUAGGUACCACUGUGGUGGGAAGGUAAACGGCAUUUCCAUGCGCUCUAGUUUCCGUCAUGGUGUCCCGUUGCGCCAGUAGCAGUUUAGUCAAGCUGGCCACGUGACCCGGAAAGCUGCCUGUGGAGAAACGCCAGCUCCCUUGGCCUGAAAGCAAGAUGAGCGCCACACCCCAUAGUCGCCUUUGACUAGACUAAACUGUCCAGGGGUCCUUUGCCUUUUGUUACACACCACUCCUGUCUCCAGGCAGUUUAAGAUUCCAGGGGUACCAAGCGUGCUUCCAAGGGUCUGUGUUUCCUUUUGGACAGUGGAGACUAUGGCACCUUUAUGAUAUAUGGUUUAUUUACACGUAAAUACAACCUGGAGAAAGUUCAGAGCAUUUUUCAUCCCAAGAGGGUCUCUUGCUUCUCCAAUAAGCAGAAGAGGCUUAAGUCUCAGAACAGAGAAAUCAGCCAAGCUCUCUGCCUGUCCCAGCCAGCCCACAUAGUUUUCCAAAUGAUUUCCCUUGCUUACAUCAUCCAAACUGAAACCCUACAUCCCUUAAACCCUUUUUGUCUCUGCCCACUAACACACAGCUGGAGGAGGGGUCCAUAUUCCUCUGAAUUAUUACUUUAUUAUUCGGCUGUCUUGUCACUAUGCUUUUUACUAUGUUUUCACUAUGUUUUUAUCAUUAACGUUCUGUAAUGUGUUUUUAAUGUUAUACACCGCCCUGGGAUCUUUUGGCAAGGGGCAGUAUAUAAACUGAAUAAAUCAUAAUAGUCUUCGCCCUCCCAAUGACUUUCUGGGUAAAUGACUCAGUCCUUACUAGCUUUCUUCCCCUUGAUGUUUCCUCUUCCAGGUGGUUUCCUGAAUGGGGAAAACUGAGUCCAGCUAUUUAAAGUCUGGUUUUCAGUUUAACCCUCCAAGCAUGGAUUAAUUCUAACUUUUAGACCCAAGAAUUUCGAGGAGAUUUAGAGCACACACCCCGCCCAAAACAACACCUCAUAGCAAUAUAAAAUGCACUGUUUUAAAACCUUGUUGUGAAUGUUGUCCCACCUCCUCCAAGACAACUAAAAUAUCUUCCCUCUUGACACCACCGCUACUAAAACCUAAAAUGGCUGCAGUGUUCUAUGAUGCAAGAAAAGACACAGAUCAAUAAAAAAAAACCUCAACUGGUAUAUCCCUUAGAAAUCCCUUUAGAUUAUUUCUUGAAUUUACAAUCAUUCAGCAGUUGGAGUUUCCCAUAAAGUCAGCAUUUUUUAGGACAGUAGGGAAUAUUUUUUAAAAUAACAACUCUGGUUUAAAAACUUCAAGAAGUGUUUCCAUAACUGCACAAGACUGAAUGAAGCAGAAACAUAUCUAAUGCCCUUUUCUUGGUUUGGGAUGUAGCGUCACAGCAACAGCAGCCAGCAUCGGAGCUGCAGGUGUGCCCCAGGCUGGACUAGUUACCAUGGUGAUUGUCCUGAGUGCCGUCGGACUGCCUGCUGAAGAUGUGACCCUCAUAAUAGCAGUGGACUGGCUUCUGUAAGUGUCUAACCAUGAAUGUCUCUCAAUCCUGUGUCCUCAGUAAUGCAGGUACAGUGGUACCUCGGGUUAAGAACUUAAUUCGUUCUGGAGGUCCGUUCUUAACCUGAAACUGUUCUUAACCUGAAGCGCCAUUUUAGCUAAUGGGGCCUCCUGCUGCCGCCGCGCCCUCGCCGUGCGAUUUCUGUUCUCAUCCUGAAGCAAAGUUCUUAACCUAAGGUACUAUUUCUGGGUUAGCAGAGUCUAUAACCUGAAGUGUCUGUAACCUGAAGCGUCUGUAACCUGAGGUACCACUGUAUCCAUAAUAAAAGGUUGCCUGUGAUAGGCCAUUAACUUGAGAGCAGAUCUGCUGUACAUCUUAUUAUUUGUAUCAAAACGUGUGACAUACAAAUUGCAGCCCUGCUGGGGGGAUUACUUAUCCAUCCGCCCAAUGUGUGGUUUAGAGGGUUCAAAGCUGAACAAAUUUGAAAAUGUAGAGAAAGGGUGAGGAACCUGUGAUGGAUCCACAACUUCCACCAUCUCUGAUCUUGGGCUAUGUCAGUGAUGACCAAGCUUGGCCCUCCAGCUGUUUUGGGACUACAAUUUCCAAUUGCUGGGAUCCACUUGAAAACUCAGUUCACUCUGAACUUAAAGUUCACGUUGAAUUUUUGAAACGCAAAUGUUAACAUUCGUCCCAUGGAGCUUAAAGUUCAUAUUUUUUUAAAAAAACUGAGCUUUCGAAUGUGAUCUUUCCCACAUUUUGUUUGAGUUCUGGAACUGUGCCAUUCGUUACAAAAUCAGCCUUGCGAACUGAAACACUUUGCAGAAGCAGUAUAACUUUUGCCUUUGUAAAAAUAGAUUGGACCCAGUCAACUUGCCCAGACUGACCCAAAAUGUUUAUUCCAUAGGGAUAGAUUCAGAACAAUGGUGAAUGUCCUCGGUGAUGCCUUUGGCGCUGGAAUUGUGGAGAAGCUCUCGCAAAAGGAACUGGAGCUUAUGGACGUUGGUGCUGAAGUCAACAUAGUGAACCCUUUUGCCCUGGACAAAGCAACGAAGGAUGACAGUGAGGAAACAGAGGCCAAGAAAUCUUAUGUGAAUGGAGCUUUUGCUAUUGAUAAAUCAGACACCAUAUCAUUCACCCAGACAUCACAGUUCUGA